CAAUGGCUAAUAUAUUUACUGCUGCUGCAGUCUUCGUCGUUCAGGUCGCAACGGCUCUUGCCAUCCACCGUUGCAGACAAGAAUUCAAGUCGUUGGUUGGGAUUGUAUUCUUGCCAACGAAUAGAUCACUUGAACGGUACGAGGCGAACGCGUUUUGCGAAUGGUUUAUCGUUCCGGACGUGCCCGGUGCGUCUGUAAUCAUUACGUUUGUUACAAUGAAUCUGGAGGAUACUUAUGACACAUUGGAGGUCUUUACCGGCUCGUCGAAUUAUACGGAAAACGUAGCGACGUAUCAUGGUUCUGUUUUGCCGUAUGAGUCUAUGUAUGAAGCUCCCAUAAAACUGAAGUUUACAUCUGAUAACAGCAUUGAAUAUUCCGGGUUUGAAUUGACCUACAAAGUUUGUAGCGGAGUAGCACCAAAAUUUUCGAAAAAAACAAAAUCACGAGUAACUACUAAGAAAGGUGAGAAAGUCGUGUUGAAGAGCCAUGCAACCGGAAUUCCUUUUCCCGAAGUCACGUGGUACAAAAAUGGGAUAGACGUACACCAAUCUUUACAAUCAGAUUUCAGCAUGACUUCUACUGAUCUUAUCAUUCGAUCCAUUUCCGAGCAAGACUCUGGUUUCUAUUCGUGUAAAGCUCAAAAUCAUUUGAAUACGACAACCUUCUUCGUAUACAUCACAGUUUAUGUACCACCUGUAAUUUUGAGACAACCUGUGGAUCUGUUCUUUGACAACUUGUAUAAAAUCAAACAAAACACAAGUCAAUCAGCAGUGUAUUUUUGUGAAGUCUAUGGUAUACCUUAUCCACACGUUUACUGGAAAAAGGAUGGGCGUUAUAUUUUCAACAAAAUUUUCCGGUUUUAUUCAAGGUUUCUGAUAAUAACUAAUGUUACUGGUUUGGAUUCUGGAAGUUAUAGUUGCUAUGUGAAUAACACUGCUGGAAGCGUUGAGUCACGUCAAGCCUCGUUGAAGAUUGGAAAGAUAUGGAAUGACUCUUUUGCUGCAAUCAAAUAUAUACCAGAGGCAGGAGAAUUAUCAAGUGGCAAUACAGGCAUACUAGACAUACAUUACAAUCGCAAUCAAUUCACACUUCACAAUGUGUCAGUAACAUUAGAUGGCCGCCCUUACACUCGCGUGUCCUCGCCUCGGACUACAAGUACUGGCGAAACCAUAAUGGAAAUUGGACCGAUGACGGAUCAGUCAGACUCUGGCGUAUACGGAUGGCACUAUUACUUGGAAGAAAGAAAGUCUCAAAAUGUGUUGGUCGUAUCAUCAUACACCGCAAUUAUGAUAAAAGAGAGACUCAACAUUAGCAUCACGCCAUCUCCUGUACUACUUUUUGACACGUUUGAAAAACGUUCAAUGAGUUGCCUGGCGAAAGCAAGUUACCCUCUAGUAAACAGAAUCACGUGGUAUGAAAAUGGAGUCUCAAUCUACGAUCUUCUCAAACGGCCAAGCGCCUACCUGGUCAUUAAAACUGGUUAUCUGAAAAACACGACGUUGAAACACUUUACAUGCAAAGCUAACAACAACAUGGGAUACGUUUCAGCUUCGAUUUCCGUGCUGCUAAGAACUGAAGGAAGUUGGAGCUGGUGGACAGAAUCGAGCCAUUGCAGCGUGACUUGCGGAUUUACCCCCGGGUUUAGGAUAGUAGAGCGCAAGUGUAUUGAGACAUCUCGUUGUCGUGGUUUGAAUUACAGGAUGGACACUUGCUUUCCACAACGUCGAUACUGUCCCGAGAGUAAAACAUCAUCUCCUCUACUAUCUUCUACGGUAAUCAGAAGUGCAACUAGAACCGCCCCGAAGACUGCAAUGUCUACAACAAACAUCACGACAUCGUCAUCAACAUUCUUUCCAACUACUAUGACAUCCACUGCCCGUGUUGCCCAAGAAUCUAUUCUCGAUGUCGAUUUUGCAUUGACGUGUAUUAUACCGGCGGUUUUUCUUACGGCAAUAUUUACAGCUCUAGUCUCUUUUUGUGUUUUCAAAAGAUAUCAGACUUCAACUCGUGGACAAAACAAGAGCGAGUUGGAUUCACAAACAAGAAAUUGCACUAGAACAAAUGGAAACGCCUACGCCGCUUUUGCCAAAAACCUAAAGAAUGAUAUCAAUUCACAGCUUAGCGAGCAAAGAGAGUUAGAGAUUGAUAAGGUGGUCGCCUGUCCGUUAGAUGACGAUCACGCUAAUUCGACUGUUGGAGCUCAACUAUCUGAAUCCCGUUUUUGUUCUUCACGAGAAACAGAUCUGUGACGCAGUUCACGACACGAGGUCGGAUGCUGCUUUGCAGAAUGUAGAUAUGCAAUAAUCUACUGUACAUAUGGAAAUCAAACACACCGACCUUUGAAAUUUCAGAAUCUUAGAUAUGAAAUAUUUGAAACGGUACAAACAGCACAGCAUGCAUGUACAUGCAAUUUAAGAAUUUGAAUUGACUCGCUAAAAUUUGUAAAUCUUGCUUAUACAACGCUUUCAUUUUCGAAAAUAGAAUUCGAUAAUUUUUAUAAAAGUACUGUAACAAUUAUAUGUAAUACUA